CAUUAUUGGCAGGUAAGUUACACGCGCAUGGAUAACUCAUUCGGCGGUUGAUUCAGUAGGCAGAGAAAGAAUCAAGAUGGCCGAUAAAGCGCCAGGGUCUGCGCAGAAAGCCAGCAACAAGCCUUUGUUGGAGAGCAAACUGAAAUCAUUUAGCAUUGGCAAGAUGUCUGCAGCAAAAAGAACUCUCAGCAAAAAGGAACAAGAAGAAAUUAAAAAGAAGGAAGAUGAGAGAGCAGCAGCAGAGAUCUAUGAAGAAUUCCUGGCUGCUUUUGAAGGUUCUGAUGGGAGUAAAGUGAAGGCCUUUGUUAGAGGAGGAAUUGCAAAUGCUACUAAAGAGGAAGUUGAAGCAGAUGAAAAGAAGGGUAAAUUAUACAAACCAACAUCUCGAUUUUUGGAAUCGAAAAGUAACUUGCAAUCUGAGAAACAACAUCAUCAUUCUUCUUCAGGGGAAAGAAAACUUACUGCCAAAAAAAGUGACAAGGAAAAGAAAAAGAGCAAUUUAGAGCUAUUUAAAGAAGAGUUAAAACAAAUUCAAGAAGAGAGAGAUGAGCGACAUAAAAUGAAGGGCCGGAUAAGUCGAUUUGAACCUUUGCCUUCUGAUGGGGACCCUCAACGCAGAUCCUCGGAUGGUUCUUCACGAAGAAAUCGUCCAUCCAGUGUACUUGAUGACUCUGCUCCUGGUUCACAUGAUGUUGGAGACCCUUCUACAACUAAUUUGUAUCUUGGAAAUAUUAAUCCUCAGAUGAAUGAAGAAAUGCUUUGUCAAGAAUUUGGCCGGUUUGGUCCCUUGGCCAGUGUGAAAAUAAUGUGGCCUCGCACAGAUGAAGAGAGGGCAAGAGAAAGAAAUUGUGGCUUUGUUGCAUUUAUGAACAGACGGGAUGCUGAAAGAGCUUUAAAGCAUUUAAAUGGAAAGAUGAUAAUGUCAUUUGAAAUGAAAUUGGGCUGGGGAAAAGCUGUACCAAUACCACCCCAUCCAAUAUAUAUUCCACCUUCAAUGAUGGAACACACACUACCACCCCCUCCAUCAGGCCUGCCAUUUAAUGCUCAGCCAAGGGAGAGGUUGAAAAAUCCUGCAGCUCCUUUGUUGCCUCCUCCUAAAAAUAAAGAGGAGUUUGAUAAGACUCUGUCGCAAGCCAUAGUCAAAGUGGUUAUCCCAACAGAAAGGAAUUUACUUUCUUUGAUUCACCGAAUGAUUGAAUUUGUGGUGCGUGAAGGACCCAUGUUUGAAGCCAUGAUAAUGAACAGAGAAAUAAAUAACCCCAUGUUCAGGUUUCUUUUUGAGAAUCAAAGUCCUGCCCAUGUUUACUAUAGAUGGAAGUUGUAUACCAUUUUGCAGGGUGACUCUCCGAAUAAAUGGAGGACAGAAGAUUUUCGAAUGUUCAAAAGUGGGUCAUUGUGGAGGCCCCCACCUUUAAAUCCAUACUUGCAUGGUACAGCAGAUGAACAAGAGAAGGAAACUUUGGAAGAGCCGAGCAAGAAAGGUUCACUUAAAGAAGAGCAAAGGGACAAACUGGAAGAACUUCUACGUGGUCUAACACCUCGAAAAAAUGAUGUUGGUGACGCUAUGGUUUUUUGUUUAAAUCAUGCUGAAGCUGCAGAAGAAAUAGUUGAAUGUAUUGCAGAGUCUCUGUCUAUCUUGAAAACUCCAUUGCCAAAAAAGAUUGCACGCUUGUAUUUGGUAUCAGAUGUUUUAUAUAAUUCUUCUGCUAAAGUUGCCAAUGCUUCAUAUUACCGGAAAUUCUUUGAAGCAAAAUUAUGCCAGAUAUUUGCAGACCUCAAUGCAACGUAUCGGUCAAUACAAGGUCACCUCCAGUCAGAAAACUUUAAGCAAAGAGUUAUGUCGUGCUUCCGUGCAUGGGAAGAUUGGGCAGUUUAUCCUGAGCCUUUUCUCAUCAAACUUCAGAACAUAUUUCUUGGUCUGGUAAAUCUUGUAGGUGACAAGGACACCAUUGCCAAUCCUGUAGCUGCUGCAAUUUUGGAGAUUCCAGAUGUUGUAGAAGACAUUGACGGAGCACCAAUUGAAGAUGAACUUGAUGGUGCACCUCUUGAUGAUGUCGACGGUAUUCCUAUAGAUGGAUCAGCUAUUGAUGGAGCACCCAUUGAUGAUUUAGAUGGGAUUCCCAUAAAAUCAAUAGAUGAUGACCUGGAUGGUGUACCAUUAAUGGAGUUGCCUGGGCAAACUAAGGAACCUGCAUUUAAAAUGGCCCCCUCUAAGUGGGAAGCAGUGGAUGAAUCAGAGCUUGAAUCUCAAGCUGUUACAACAUCAAAGUGGGAAGUAUUUGACCAGCCUGAAGAGUCUGAAGAAGAGCAAAAAAAGGAGGAAGAGGAAAGUGAAGAUGAAGAGGAUACAAGAAGUUCACAUUCGGAAGACCAACAGCUUUAUUCAAAUCCUAUUAAAGAUGACUUGUCUGAAUCUAAAUCUGUCAAGUAUUCAGAAAUGAGUGAGGAAAAGCGGGCAAAGCUGCGAGAAAUUGAAUUGAAAGUUAUGAAGUUCCAGGAUGAAUUAGAAUCUGGAAAAAGACCAAAAAAACCUGGACAGAGUAUUCAAGAACAAAUAGAACACUACCGGGACAAGCUAUUGCAAAGGGAAAAAGAAAAGGAAAUGGAGAGAGAAAAAGAUCGGGACAAAAAAGACAAAGACAAAAUAGAGCCUCGUUCUAAAGAAAAGAAGGAAAAAGAUGAAACACCAACACGAAAGGAAAGAAAACGUCGGCACAGUGGUUCUGUAAGUCCUGCACGCAGCGGUAGGAGAGGAAAGUCCCCAUCUCCACGGUCUGAGCGCUCCGAGAGAUCACAUGUAAAAGAAAAUUCUCGAUCCAGAUCUUCCCAUAAAGAUUCUCCUAGAGAUACCAGCAAAAAAUCAAAAAGGUAA